AUGGAUGCAUCUCCACAUUCGACGGAGCAGAUUAACGCUACAACCCCAGCGCUUUCAGACCAAUUCAAGCACAAUGUGCAAUACUUGACUAGAAAAAAUGGCAACAGUUUUUCAACAUCGCAUGACAACAAGCCAAAGCGCCGACGAAAGAAUUACAAGCAACCACUGACGAAGGACAUGCCUCAAGUAUUGUCUGAAGUGCUCAAAGAACCAAAAUUGGCACUACUACAUCGCGUAGUGAAAUAUGUUGGACCUAAUAUGUCAUGGAAACUUCUUCGUGAGACGCUGCGGCUUGAAAGAGAAGGCGGACAGAUUGUAAAUGCCGUGGCCAGUGGCAAGCCCGCGCUUUUUUGCGUGAGGGAUGAGGUCUCGCACGAGUACAAGCCACGGCGUCGCACAUCUGGUGGUGUAUUUUUUACACUACUAAAAGAAAAGGUACCGAGAGAGGUGUAUCGCACUAUUUAUGAGGUAGAAGACAAGAAGAAAAAAUGUGCCAAGAAGCGAGCUCGCGAUCGCCAGCGACAGAGGAUGGACCAUACAUUAGCCAAGCUUGGCUUUGAUGAUCUAACACUCGCUCCAAAAAGCGAAAAUGGCGCAUUUACCACAGUAAUGGAAGUUGAGGAAGACGAAGUGGCAGUUGAGGAGGGCGAAGUGGCGGUUGAGGACGGUGAAUCGUCGGAAGAGCAGAUGGUGAUAAGCUGA